GCCAUCACGCAUACACACGGAAUACACAGAUACUUGCUAAAUAGGUCAGAGUUGCUGUAACCACAAUAUGGCUGACACAGGAAUUGUGACAGGGGCACAACUUGCAGACCAGAGUGUGAAUAUAAAGAAAUUGCUUUCAAGAUUGAGCCGCAGCUUACCCCUGGAAUACGUCCGGUGUCAACAGUCCUCCUCCACGACAUACGACUUCACACACCCACGAAGGGGCUUGGCUAUUAUAAUUUCUAAUGGGAAGUUCCUGUCACAGGAGCCAAGACCUUACGCUGAUGCCGAAAUCUUCAAUAUGCAGAAACUGUUCAAAAAACUUUGCUUCGACGUAUUGUCGUUUCAAGAUCUGACGAAGAAACAAAUGCUUUCAGUGCUUCAGGACGCUGCCAAAUUGAAGGAAUUCCAUCACCAGUCUGACUGUUUCGCAUGUGUUAUCGGUUCUCAUGGAGCAGAAAUAUCGUCAGGAUUGAACAAUCAUUCUGCGCUCAACACGAAGAAGCACGUGAUUUACGGGACGGACGAUCACGUGGACACAAAUAGACUCACUGAUCUGUUUAGCGACAGCAACUGCCCUGGGCUCCGACACAAACCGAAACUCUUCUUUAUUCAGGCCUGCAGAAAGGAUUCAACAGCGCCUCCGGAAUCGGGGUUAGAUAUCGGAAUAGACAUUAAUAUCACUUCUGGUCAACCUCCAACGUCAACACAUCCUCAUAUAUUUGCAUUAUAUGAACCUCGAGGGACACCUACCCUAAGCAGACAUGAUCGUCUAGGAUCAGUGAAUAAAGUCGAAACUGUGGAAUUUGGUCGUGAAUUUGACAGCAGUGAAAAGGAUACGGAAGCAGCUUUUAAAGAUAACACGAAUAUAAUUAAGAACGAAACGCCAUCGAGCCAGGCUGAAAUGAGUCCAAUAUCACCGACAGAGAAUAGCACGAGUCUGUCAUCACCGGAAGGCAAUGAAAUGAAUCCAAUAUCACCGAAAGAGAAUAGCACGAGUCUGUCAUCACCGGAAGGCAAUGGAAUGAGUCCAACAUUACAGGAUAGCACGGCCGAAUGUUUAACAUCAACAAAAGACACAACGAGUAUAACAUCUCCAAAAGACAUUGACACGAAACCGACAGAUCAUCUAGAAUUUCGGAAUGCUUUAUCAAGGUUCUUGCAUUUGAAUCCAUCCAUUGAUGAGCAAGUGUCCCCGGUUUGCAGACCAAAUUUUAUGAUAAUGUACUCGAGUCCACAAGAUAUGUUCUCGUUCGGUAGGCGGGAGGAUGGAGGGAUGACGCGUGCACAUAAUCCAGUAGUGGGCGGCUUCUUACUACAUUCUCUUUACUCGGUUGUUGUCCGGGAAAAUCUGUUUGUCCGACAGAGGACACCGGAAGGACUUGACAUGCUGGACGUGUUCACUCGAGUCAAUGAUUUCGGCUUGAAGAACCUUAUAGCUACGAUAGAACUACCUGUGGGUAGAAAUGAGGAGGACAAACAGAGAUUCUGUGUUAAGUGUGCAUUUGCUUUGGAACAUCGACUCGUGGAUGACGUCAUAUUCAGACAUAAAGGUGAAACCUCACUUUGAAGGUUUGUACUGAAGAUUCAAGAACUUCUUGAAGGUUAACACUGCUACAUUGGGAAGCAGGACGGUUUAGACUGCUACACCAGGACUGUGGAAGGGUUACAAUGCCGAAUCUGGAAUGUUCAUACUGUUGGAAGGUGUAGGACUUCUACGAUAGGAAUCAGAAAGGUUUAGACUGUUACAUCAGGACUGUGGAAGGUUUACAUUUCUACAUCAAAACACUGCUACAACAGGAAUCGGAAACGUGUAGACUGCUACCUCAGAAAGGUUUACAUUUACAAUAGGUAUACAUUGCUACGUCAUAAAUUGUGAAUGUGUAAUGUAGCAUCAUGCACCUUAAAGUUUUUGGCUGCAACAUUUCAUCUCUGAAUGUGAUAUAAGAAAUCUUAAAUUUAUUUCAACUAAGUCCCUCACAGAAAGAUACUCAUCCUCCUUAUGAUAAUCUGAUAGUCCCUCACAGAAAGAUACUCGUCCUCCUUAUGUUGAUCCAAUAGUCCCUCACAGAAAGAUACUCGUCCUCCUUAUGAUGGUCCCAUAGUUCCUGACAGAAAGAUACUCGUCCUCCUUAUGUUGAUCCAAUAGUCCCUCACAGAAAGAUACUCGUCCUCCUUAUGAUGGUCCGAUACCAAAUUGCCAUCGUAAUCUCUAUUCCUUUUUGUGAUAUGAUGGUUAAUGUUUUGAAUUAUGCUAAGAAAUCUAUCUUGCUGUUUUUGUUGUCACUACCCCUACCAAUCCUAUUUGAAUAUUUUCAUCAUGUAACUCUUUCCUUUCUUCAUAUUUUGCACUAGUAUUAUCUAUUUUGAGUUAAAUGACACAUUCUUUGACACUCCUCUUAAUCCAUUUUUGUUUAUGUUGGUUAAACAACCUUGCAACAAGUUGAUAUGAAGAGGGGGGUGUAGAAGCACACCGACAAAAAAAGAAGCGAAGGGAGAUGAGAAAAUCAAAAAAUCUUUUUUUUGCUUCUUCAAUGUCCUCUAAGCAGAAGACAUGGAAUAAUACCCCCCCCCCACCAUCAUGCAACCCCCUAACAUUAGUUCUCUUGAACAUGCAGUAAGAUGUAACAGGCUCAUAUGCAAAUUACAAAUAAAUUUAUUCUCAAAGCGUCCAUGAUGUCUAUCAUAAGACUU